AAGUCUUAGGCUCCUGAAAGGUGGGCCAGUGGGUGGGAGCAGCCCCUUCAAGACUCAAAAUUGGGUACAUUGACUAGCUCUCAGGUUUGGGUUCAUCCUUUGAUUUUCCUUUUCACUGGUUAAAAUUACAAAUAGUACUUUCUCUCCAGCGGCAGAAAUGUAGCGAGGCUCAGAUUUCAUUCAUCAUAGUACAGCUAGUGCAGGGACAGCGUGACGUUUGAGCCCCACUUCCUGUCUCUGGCCCUAACAGCCGGGCUCAAUACGGAACACAUUUGUCGGCCUGAGAUGGUGGUGCCUCUGGGCCAGGCCAAGGGACGAGUCUGCUCUUGCUCUUUUCUCCAGGUGAUGGAUUUGCUGCUCAAACCCUUCUGAGAAUUGUCACAUGGUACACUUGGGCUAGAUUCCUAGAGCCCGAGAUUCCCGAUCUCCUGAGCUUAUUCUCAAGUUGUCAGCUCCUGAAUGUUGAGUACAAUGCUUUUGGGGAGUGUGGGGGUGCAGACAGUUCUUGGGAUGAGUUGGGGUUGAUGCUCACUCCCUCUCUAGCUCUGGCCUAAGUGAUCAGACUUAGGAGUGAGUGACAUCUGCCUUUGAUGCCUGUCACCCAUCCGCGGCCAGGCUGAGGCUGCUGGUCAGACAGGCUGCUUAGAUGGGCCCUGCUCAUAAGCAAGCACCUCUGAAGCCGGGCUGUGGAAGAAACCGACUUUCCCAGUCAGAGGAGACUGUGUUUAAGUCAAGAGUAUAUGAGUAACCUGAUUCCCUUCUAAGACGCUUGGAAAGAGGCCUGGGUUGGGAACUUGAGGCCCCCCUUCUCCCAUUGUCCUUGGGGGGGGGUUGACUGGACCACUGCGGAAGGCCGUCUUUCAGCUGCUGGCAAGCUCCUGCUCAGGGGGAGGGUACGGCUCAUCUGACGUGCUUCUAAGCAUAUGACUCUGGGACGUUUGGCUGAGUUGUUCUCUUUUUGAGUGGCGGAGUCUGUUCCUUCUAGGGAGUCCAUGCUACUUGUCCCGCCCACCCUGAGGUGGGACCAUAGGAAGGAUAGUUCUUACCCCUGCGGGGGGGGCGGGGAGGUGUAAUUCAUCUAUGUGCAAGAGUUGCUUUUUUUAAAUGGAAUUCUUUCAAGUUACCGAAAUAAUCUGUGGCUGAAACCCAUUUGUAUGCACUUCUUUUUAUGUACCCACAGAAAAGGCUGGAAGAACAUUGACUGAAGUAAUGAUGGUAGUUGACGGUUUUGGCAUUUCAGGAGAGUUUUGUUUUUUCCUCUUACACCUUGUGCUAUUUAAAUUUUCUGUGCCUCCACGGGGCUAUGUCACCUUCAACAGCAGUGACGAAAACCCGCUGGAAGGGCGGGGCCUCUGCUUCAGGGAUGUCACCUCCCCCAUCAAUGACCGGGAUGUGGAGAGCAGCAGCAGCAGCAGCCGGGAAGAGCAGGCCUUCUGUGCCCACCUGGGGGCCGUGCAGAGCAGCAGCAGCAGCGAGGGCCUGGCGAGAGCCCCGGGACUCAGCAGCGAGGCCUCUCUGGAAAGCAACGAGGAUUCGGAUCAUGCGCGUAAAAGUUCGGUUCGCAAACAAACUAAAAGUUAUAUGAAGACCAAGAAUCGUUACAGCAACAGUGACAACCAGUGGCCUCCCAGCACUGGGACUUCUGGGGCAGCCUGUCCCCCAGGAUCUGUCCCCCAGCCUGAGAGGGCCACCUAUUCAGGACCCCAGGACCUUGCCUCUCUGCUGGAGCAGAUCGGGUGUCUGAAGUACCUGCAGCUGUUUGAGGAGCAGGACGUGGACCUCCGCAUCUUCCUGACCCUCACUGAGAGCGACCUGAAGGAGAUCGGCAUCACGUUGUUUGGACCCAAGAGGAAGAUGACCUCUGCCAUUGCCCGUUGGCACAGCAGUGCCCGUCCCCCCAGUGAUGCCCUGGAGCUGGCCUAUGCUGACCGGCUGGAAGCCGAGAUGCAGGAGCUGGCCAUCCAGCUGCACAAACGCUGUGAGGAGGUGGAGGCCAUGCGGGGCCAGGUGUCCCAGGAGCAGGAGCUGCGCGCUGUGGUGGAGAGCUGCCUCCUGGAGCAGGAUGGUGCCCGCAAGGACAUGCUUGCCCAGCUGCAGGAGACCUGGGCCCUGGCCCGGGACGCUGUUCUUGUCCUGGACCAGCUGCGAGCCUGUCAGGCCGAGCUGUCAGCCCGAGUGAAGCGGGACGAGUCCCCUCUCGGGGCCACCCUGGGCCCUGCCCUCCCCACAGCUGACUCCAAAGGCUGGCAGGCCUCCCUGCAGGCCCUGAGCCUCCCGGAGCUAUCGGGAGCCCUGGAGGAUCGAGUCCAUGAGAUGGGGCGACUGCUGUGCUCAGUGACCCAGGGCCUGGAGCAGCUGCAGGUGCUGAAUGGGAAAGAGAACUGGCGGGAGCCUUAGCCGGAGGGACGAAUCUGACGUUGGGUGACUGAUCCACCCUGAAGCUGUGUGCCCGGAAAACAGGAGGGCAGUGAGUGGGCAGUUGCAGCAGCCCAGGCCCCAAGUGGGGCCAGAGGAUCGGCCCCCGGGAGCAGCUGGCAGAGAGGCGGGACCGGGCUGUGGCCGGUGCCAGGCAGUGAGGCCCCCACAGAGGCAGGACGGAGGCCUCUUGCCCAGAACCUGGCGGUGAGGCCCAGAGCAGGCAGGGCCUUGGGGAGAGCGUGUCCCCGCAGGCGCCACACUCAGGCUUGCCCUGAUGGGUGAGGGCUGCGGCGCCGGGCAGCAUGGUAUUUGCUGGAAAAUAAAAUUGAAGAUCUGGUGAUGGGCUCAGUUGUGGUGUCACAACAUGCA